AAAUUCUCCAUUAAUAAUUGCUUACGUACACAUAGUGUAGCGUGCAUCUGCGUGUUUUUUGGCGGAGAGAGAGAGAGAGAGAAAUUUGUGUAAAGAUCUCUCUCUUUUCGAUCGGAAAAAAAAAAAAUGGCCGACGAACCUUCUCUAACACGCUGGUCCUUUGAGGACUUCAAGUUGUUCUAUGAGAUUAAGUUUGGGAGGAAGAAAGAUUCUGCUGCAGAAGAUAUGGAUGAAAAUGGUCAAGCUGUAUAUAAUGGAAAUUCUUCGACUGUGAUAUCAAAUGGAAAUGGGCAUGUAAAGAAUACCUCAGAUUUGUCCAUCUUUGAGCAGUACAAUCAGGCAAAUAAUGGGAGCUCAGCGCACUCUAAUGGAGUUUCCUCUGCCGGAAGGGAUGAAAAACCGCAGAGAUCACUGCUUCCUCCUUUUGAGUCAGCAGAAAUGCGUGCUUUAGGAGAAAGCUUAAUUAGGGAUAUUAUUCGUGGUAGCCCUGAUGUUAAGUGGGAGAGCAUCAAAGGACUGGAGAAUGCCAAACGUCUACUAAAAGAGGCUGUUGUCAUGCCAAUAAAAUAUCCAAAGUACUUUACAGGUCUUCUAUCUCCAUGGAAAGGUAUCCUCCUUUUUGGCCCACCAGGAACAGGAAAGACGAUGCUUGCAAAGGCUGUUGCUACUGAAUGCAAUACGACUUUCUUCAACAUCUCAGCAUCAUCAGUUGUCAGCAAAUGGCGUGGUGAUUCAGAGAAAUUGAUAAAAGUGUUAUUCGACCUCGCAAGGCAUCAUGCACCUUCAACAAUAUUUUUGGAUGAAAUUGAUGCAAUCAUCAGCCAACGUGGUGAAGCACGCAGUGAGCAUGAAGCUAGUAGGCGUUUAAAAACCGAAUUGCUCAUACAGAUGGAUGGUUUGACGCGGACAGAUGAGCUUGUCUUUGUUCUGGCAGCAACAAAUCUUCCCUGGGAACUAGAUGCAGCUAUGCUCAGGCGUCUUGAGAAGCGGAUUCUUGUGCCUCUACCAGAGCCAGAAGCAAGGAGGGCCAUGUUUGAGGAAGUGCUGACAUCGGCACCCGAAGAGGAGACUCUACCCUAUGACCUAUUGGUUGAAAAGACAGAAGGUUUUUCAGGUUCUGAUAUCCGGUUAUUGUGCAAGGAGGCUGCCAUGCAACCAUUGAGACGUCUAAUAGCACAACUGGAAGAGAAACAAGAAGUGGUGCCCGAGGAUGAGCUGCCGAAGGUUGGACGGAUUACAGAGAGAGAUAUUGAGAUGGCUUUGAAGAACACAAGACCAUCCGCUCAUCUCCAUGCACAUAGGUAUGACAAGUUCAAUUCUGAUUAUGGCAGCCAAGUACUCCAGUGAAGGCACACUAUCAUCAUUCGUCGUAAGCAGUCGUUAUUCAUAGUUUUGCUUAUUUCUUCUAAGCAAAUUGAUGUGCAACUGCAGAUGUUGUUCCCCUUAACUGUUAAUGUAUUUAUCGUGUUUGUACUAUUUAUGUAAAUGUGCUGCUUUGGUCAUUUAGACCGGAUUCCUUCAACUCAUGUGUGGUUGUUUCAUUUCUUUUUAAGCAAAAUCUGAGAGUUUCAGCACUUUAAUGUAUGUUUUUAGAGGAGAUUUCUUGUUUCAGUUCUUUGUUAUUGAAUGAAAAGGAGCAUUGGUUUGACUACUGCGAA